AUGAGCUCAUACAGCAGUUCACAGAGCUCGGAGGCGACAGACCUCCAGGCAGCUGGAAACUUUGACAACUCAGGCACCCCAGUCGAGAUGCGUCCGGGAUACAAAGUGCCCCCCAUCAAGGGCUACUCCCAUCUCUUCAAGCUGCUUGAAGGGAAUGAAGAACUCGAGAACACUCCUGUCCGGACAGAAGUGUUUUCUGGGACAAUUCGCGAACACAAGGUCAUCACCAAAGGUGAAGUGAUGCGCAAGCAUGGCUCAACAAUUGGCAAGGUUGGCCGCGUUUCUAUCUGCAGAGACCAGAAGGGUCUUCUCCCUGCCGUCCUCGAUAUCAAGAAGAGCGAGUACCAAGUCCUGGACUGCGAGUCCAGAGACCGACUUGGAAUGUUUCUCCAGUUCUACUGCCCCGAAAGAGCGGAUUGGGUGAUCACCGACAACGAAGAGACAAUCAUUGACACCUUCACCGACCGCACUCGGGAGCUCACCCGACCUAUCUCCGAGGAGCUGACUCUUCUUCCCAACCGCCUCCAGAGACUCUCUGAUUUUUUCUACGAGCCCAACAUCAGCAAGUCUGAAUACCUUCUCGUGUCUCGGGUGCUUCAAGUCCAGGCCCAUCGCGCCGCGGAGCUCGUCGACACCGUCUGCAAGCUCCUGCAACCCAACCCAUCCGGAGCCCAGAGCGUCGGCUCCACGAACGAGCGCGCCCGCGAGUCUCUCCAAGAGACGCGGGAGAAGAACGAUCAGACCGCGAGUCUGAUGGAGCAUCAGCUGGAGGAGAUGCGGCACCACCAAGAAAUGUACAGGGAGCUUCUAGAUGACAGCGCUCGCUCUGCCGAGAGAGUCACUGAGCGUCUUUCCACUGUCGUCGACAGAGUCGGGUCAUUUCUCCGCGCCGCUGAUAUGGACCAGGUUCAACACAUCCGCCAGCUCGAGAGUAUCUCCAUGAACGUCACACACACACUGGACAAAGUCCUCCAACAGCGGACGCCGGAGUCCACUCCAACCAAGAAGCGCCUGCGAUCCGACUCUCCGGGCAUAUCAGAUGAAUACCUAUCCGACUAUACGGAUGGGUCCGCCUCCGAGCGAUCACACAAGCGAGUCAAACAUUAA